AUGUUGCAAGACAAGCCAGUAGGAACCUCUGGGAUCUUCAACAACAUGUACUUACGGCUGAAGGACACAGAACAGGAGGCGUAUAACGAUGAUCGAGGCUUCAAGAUCCUUAUCCAUGACCCCCGAGAUGACCCUGUUAUUGACCUAAGGACCCACGGCACUACACUGGAGGAGGGAUGGGGCAAAGACGUCAGAGUGGCUGUUAGGGAGUUCAAGACGAUACCAACUCAACGCUGGCCGUGUAUCCGUAACACCAGCUACUCCUCCUCCCAGUGCAUCUCCCAGUGCUUCAUCCAGGCCCUCUACAACCACACCAGCUGCCUCAUGCCCUAUAUGCACGGGAUCAGCGGUAAGCCUUGCACGACGCCGGACCAAUACAAGAACUCGCUGAUUGGAGAACAGAAGUUGUUAUUCCACGGCGGCUGGACCCAUAACCAGUGUGUGUGUCUGAAACAGUGUAAUGAAGACAUCUACUCCGUGUUUACUGAGGCGGCCAUGGCCUUCAACACCUCCGCUAAGCUCAGGGUUUUCUUCCAGGACCUGACUUACGAUGAGGUGUCGGAGGAGAUAGCUUACGACGCCAUCGCUCUGCUGUGUGACAUUGGCGGGACGCUGGGCCUACUGCUGGGGGCCUCUGUCCUCACCUUCAUAGAAUUCCUAGAGGUCCUGUGGAUGAAGCUCCUGCGACGUUGGCGGGCCUAGGAGAGAGAGAGAGAGAGAGAGAGAGAGAGAGAGAGAGAGAGAGAGAGAGAGUCAUAAGUUGGUUUUAAACGCAUACGGUGUCAGGCUCCUCAUAAAAAGCCUUGUAUUUACAUGACAACAAAGAAAGGGUACAUACGUGUGUGUGUGUGUGUGUGUCUGUCUGUCUGUUUCUGUCUGUACGUAUGUGUUACAUGAAUAUUGUCAGGAAAUUCGUAUUCAUUAUAAUGGAUUAGUUCUGUGUAUUUGGGUCAUGGACGUUCGAGAGAUGGAGGAGAAGUUUUGUGUGAAGUGAUCUCAUUCCAUCAGACCAAAACUGGUAUACACUCAUUAGCCAGAGGUCGUUCAAUUCAAUCCUCAGUGAACGUAUAAGUACCUGUGUGCCACUUUCUUUAUUAUCCUACAGCUGAGUGUGUGUGGCGCCUAUUAUUCCCCGCACCACCCAGAGCUUCAGUCCAGUUUGAUCUAGGGUCUGGGGUGCUAUGGCCGCGUAUGGUUCGCUCGGCUGCCGCUCUCUGGGACGUGUAGUGGGUCUUCCUACCUCACUGACUCCGUAUUCGCUUGCCAGUUGAUCCCAGGAACUCUUGAGGCUACUAGUAGUCCCAUCAUCUGUCCAUUAGUCUAGCUGCUGUACCGUCUAUCGCUACUAUCCUGUUGUAUCUGUGUUUAGUUGCCCACGGGACCCGACCCUACCCUACCCUACUCGACCCUACCCUACCCUACCCUACUCGACCCGACCCUACCCUACCCUAC